AUGAGUUCCUUGCCAGAAACCCCCCCCCCGCUCUGGCUCACUCUCUACCACAUCGUCACCCGCCUCCCUGACUCUCUGCGCGCAGUCAGGGAUCACUUCCUAGCUCGCUGCCCCACUGAGCUCACCAUUGCCCUCCUCGAGAAGGAACUACUUGCAGCUGAGGCGAGCAUCGUCGCUGUAGGUGCCUCUCGUGGCGAGCCCCGCACCCCUUUCUUUGAGGGGUGUUCCCCUUCCCCCCUUCUCCCCUCUGUAGCCUCUGCUUCUGCUGUCGACCUCCUUGGUGCUGAGAAGGUCGGGACGGCGUCUGCUCCGAGCGGGCGCCGCAGGAACAGAGGGGGCAAGGGUGGAGGUGGCGGCGGGGGAGGCGGGGGUGGAGGCGGUGGGAGUGGAGGAGGGGCUGGAGAGGCUAGUGGCGGCAGUGGGGGUGGUGACGGCAGCGGCGGGGGCGGUGGCAGGGGCGGGGGCGGCAGCGGGGGCGGAGGUGGUCGUGGCAGCGGCAGGGGAGGAGGUGGUCGAGGAGGUGGCGGCGGCGGUGGUGGUCGUGGAGGCGCUGGCGGUGGUCUGAGCCAGCAGCACACUCCGUCGCUCCAGGAGGCCCGUGAGUGGUAUUCGCAGCGCCGGAGGGCAGGUGGCUUUAGCUGCACGUACGUCAUUCGCACUGGUGACCGCACUGGUCAGACGUGUGGGAGGCCGCACCCCACGCAGCGCUGCUUCUCGCGCCUUGACGACGCUUGGCGCGCCCAGUUCCCUGAUGGCGCUGAGCUGCCCCGCUGGGCUGAUCUGGAGAGGAAGGGAGUUGAUAUCUGGGCUCUAGACUUUGAUGCUAUUCUCACUGCCAUGUAUGCGAUGUUUACUAGUGGAGAGGGUGCUCAGUACUUGCGUGUUCCGCCCGACCCAGGCAUUCUGACCAGUGAGGCUGCCGCUCUAGGUGCUAGUGAGGCUGCCACUGCAGGUACUCGCGUGUCUGCCACCUCAGGUGAUGGUGAGGCUGCCGCUCUAGGUGCUAGUGAGUCUGUCCCCCCUGGUACUGAGUCGACUGAGGCACUGCACACCUUCACCCUGGACUCAGGUGCUUCUCGCUGUUUCUUUCGUGACCGCACUGCCCUUGAGCCGCUUGCUCGGCCAGUUGCUGUCUCCCUCGCUGACCCCUCAGGGGGUCCGGUCAUUGCGACCUCCUCCACUGUUCUUCCCUGUCCUGCGGUCCCGUCGGGCACACUGUCCGGUCUCCACCUCCCCUCGUUCUCUACGAACUUGGUGGCGGGUUGUGCGCUCCAGGACGCGGGUGUUCACCAGUUCACCCCUGCCUACGAGCGCGUGACACACUGCACGUGUGCUCGGACGGGCCAUCACCUGGCUACCUUCACUCGGCAGCCGGGGUCGGACUUGUACACACUGACCACUGAGUCCCCUCAGGUAGCUGCGUCCGCGUCCGCGUCUGCGUCAGGUCAGCUGUCGGCCCCCUGCUCGUGUCGCUCUCUGGCGCACGAGACCGUCCUCUGGCACCACCGACUUGGCCACCCGUCUGUGCAGCGCCUUCGGGCCAUGCACAAACGGCACCUUGUCUCUGGUCUUCCCAGGGUUCUCCCUCCCCUCCCACCCUCGCCUGCUCCUUCCUGUCUUCCCUGUGUCGAGGGGCGGCAGCGCGCCGCUCCUCACUCCUCCUCCUUUCCCCCGACGACUGCUCCCUUGCAGACGCUCCACCUGGACGUGUGGGGCCCAGCCCGCGUCCGUGGACAGGGUCAGGAGAGGUACUUCCUGAUUGUUGUUGACGACUACUCGCGCUACACCACGGUCUUCCCCUUGCGUACCAAGGGUGAGGUCCCUGAUGUCUUGAUCCCUUGGAUCCGCAGAGCUCGUCUCCAGCUCAGCGAGCGUUUCCGCUCGGACUUUCCUGUCCUGCGUUUGCACUCUGACAGAGGUGGUGAGUUCUCCUCCGACCUCCUGGCAGCCUACUGUGCGGAGCACGGCAUUGAGCAGUCGUUCACGCUUCCGGCCUCUCCACAGCAGAAUGGGGUUGCUGAGCGCCGCAUUGGCUUGGUCAUGGAGGUCGCUCGUACCUCCUUGAUCCAUGCGGCUGCCCCCCACUUUCUGUGGCCGUUUGCAGUCCGAUACGCUGCGCAUCAGCUCAACCUCUGGCCCCGUGUCUCCUUACCGGAGACUUCCCCGACACUGCGUUGGACGGGAGAGGUUGGCGAUGCGUCGCGUUUUCGGGUCUGGGGAUCCCGAGCUUUUGUUCGCGAUACGUCCGCGGACAAGCUCUCCUCUCGCGCUGUUCCUUGUGUCUUCCUUGGCUUUGUCCCGGAUGCGCCUGGUUGGCAGUUUUACCACGUCACCUCGCGCCGGGUUCUGCCUUCUCAGGACGUCACUUUUGACGAGUCCGUCCCCUACUACCGCCUCUUCCCCUACCGCACUGCCCCGCUCCCCCCCCCCGCCUCUCUUCCUCGCGCCAGGUGCUGCUGUGGUAGACCCCCUCCCCCCUCAGGGUGCCGCUCCCUCAGGGGUGCUGAGCCUGCGCGUGAGGAGCCUGGCGGUGCUGAGUCUGGGGGUGCGGAGUCUGGGGGUGCUGAGCCUGGGGGUACUGAGCCUGGGGGUGCGGAGCCUGGGGGUGCUGAGCUUGGAGGUGCGGAGCCUGGGGGUGCUGAGCCUGGGGGUGCUGAGUCUGGGGGUGCGGAGUCUGGGGGUGCUGAGCCUGAGAGUGCUACACCUGGAGGAGCCCUCUCCUCACAGCAACUUGCUUCCCCUCCUACCCGGGAGCUCCCCUCCCUUCAGCAGAUCCGAGAGUGGUACACGCGACGCUGCAGUCUUCGGAGUGGCGCUCCUGGUGUUGUGGACCCUGGUACUGCAGGGGCUACUGGUGCUGAGGAGCCGGGCGUUGGAGCUGCUGCUGGUGCUGAGGAGCCGGGCGUUGGAGCUGCUGCUGGUGCUGAGGAGCCGGGCGGUGGAGCUGCUGCUGGUGCUGAGGAGCCGGGCGGUGGAGCUACUGCUGGUGCUGAGGAGCCGGGCGCUGGAGCUGCUGCUGGUGCUGAGGACCCGGGCGGUGGAGCUGCUGCUGGUGCUGAGGACCCGGACGCUGGAGCUACUGCUGGUGCUGAGGACCCUGACGUUGGAGCUGCUGCUGGUGCUGAGGACCCGGUCGGUGGAGCUGCUGCUGGUACUGAGGACCCUGCCACUGGUGUCUCUACUGGUUCUGGAGACGCUGCGCGGCCGCGACCUUACUUCGUGCCGCUCCUUCAGCAGGUUCUUGGUCAGACUCCUCCUCCUUGUCCUCCUUCCUCCGUAGAGUGUCCUUCGUCUAUCCAGUCGCAGUCGCAGUUACCGCCUGCCGCGCCUCUCCCUGGUCCCUCCCCUUACACUGGUCCGACAGGAGGUCUUACGGAGCGUCGUGAGCCUGAGUCUCGUCCUGUGUCGCCUGUUCGUACUGCUCGCACUGGUCGUCGUGUCCCACGUGAGCGUCCUCCUCCUGUCCCUGGCACUCACUACAUGACUCUGCGUCCCUCCACUGCUCCUCAGCGUGUCCCUCUGCCGUCUCCUCCUGCGUCCUCUCUACCUACUCUUCCUGACCCGGAGUCUGACUCCUGUCGUGCUGCCAGUCCCACUGUCACGCGUCUCCUCGCCACUGUUGUCACUGACCCUACCUUUGAGUCCUCUGCUGCAUCUGCUCUGGUCGCUGAGUUGGUUGACUUUGCUGCUCGGUGUCGUCUAGACUACGCUGCUAGCCUUGUUGCUGAGUCUGAGUGUGUCUGUCCUCCGUCCGUCGGGGGUGAGUAUGUACUUGGCACGGACGUCCUUGAGGACAGACAGGAGGAGUUCCAGUGCUUUGCUGCUGCUUUGCCCCGUCUCGUGUCCAUGCUAGUCGCCCCUGAGGGAGACCCGGAUGCACCAGACAUCCCGACUCCGCGCUCUUACGCUGAGGCGAUGGCGGGUCCCUACUCCUCUCAGUGGCAGACAGCCAUGGACGCAGAGAUGGCUUCCUGGAAGUCCACAGGCACCUACGUUGACGAGGUUCCCCCACCUGGGGCGAACAUUGUCAGUGGCAUGUGGAUUUUCAGGGUGAAGCGGCCGCCGGGUUCUCCUCCUGUCUUCAAGGCGCGCUACGUUGCUCGAGGCUUCAGUCAGCGAGAGGGAGUAGACUUCUUCCAGACCUUCUCCCCCACCCCGAAGAUGACCACUCUUCGGGUGCUGCUACACAUAGCCGCUCAGCGCGACUACGAGCUUCACUCACUUGACUUCAGCACUGCUUUCCUACAGGGCAGCCUGCACGAGGAGAUCUGGCUGCGUCGCCCUCCUGGCUUCACUGGGUCGGUUCCUCCUGGUACCCAGUGGAGGCUCCAGCGACCGGUCUACGGUCUCCGCCAGGCGCCACGUGAGUGGCACGACACACUGAGGACUACACUUGCGGCUCUUGGGUUCACUCCUUCUACUGCUGACCCGUCGCUGUUUCUACGCACCGACACCUCGCUGCCGCUGUUCUACAUCCUCGUGUACGUCGACGACUUGGUCUUUGCCACGGCUGACACUGCGGCACUCGCCCACGUGAAGUCGGAGCUGCAGAAGAGACACACGUGCACAGACCUGGGUGAACUGACAAGCUAUCUUGGCUUGCGGAUCACUCGGGACAGAGCACGGCGCACCAUCACCUUGACUCAGUCACACAUGGUGCAGCAGAUCCUUCAGCGCUUCCGCUUCACGUACUUCUCGCCUCAGUCCACUCCUCUGCCUACCGGUCACUCGCUCUCAGCUCUGCCUUCGGAUGAGUCCGUAGAACCGAGUGGCCCGUAUCCAGAGCUUGUGGGCUGCCUCAUGUACCUGAUGACCUGCACUCGACCUGACCUUGCAUACCCUCUUAGCAUCCUUGCACGCUAUGUCGCUCCUGGCCGUCACAGGAAGGAGCACAUGGAUGCCGCUAAGAGGGUGUUGCGCUACUUGUGCAGUACGUCGGGCAUGGGGCUAGUGCUUGGAGGGCGAGACCGAGUUGUACUUACUGGACACUCAGACGCUUCUUGGGCGGACGACCAGGCUACUCAGCGGUCGUCUCAGGGUUACACCUUCAGUCUUGGCUCUGGCUCUGUUUCUUGGCGUUCUACACGCUCUUCUUCUGUUCUCAGCUCCAGUUGCGAGGCUGAGAUCUACGCCACAGCCAUGGCGGCCCAGGAGCUACGCUGGCUGACCUACCUGCUGACCGACUUGGGAGAGCGACCUCGUUCUCCUCCAGUGUUGUACGUCGACAACAAGGCUGCCAUUGCCUUGUGUGAGGAGCACAGACUGGAGCACAGAACGAAGCAUAUCGCCCUGCGGUACUUCCUUGCUCGAGAGCUGCAGCAGCGCGGUCAGCUUUGUCUGCGUUACGUGGCCACUGAGGCCAACACUGCUGAUGUGUUCACCAAGGCACUUCAGCCUUGUGACCAUCAGCGCUUCUGUACUCUUCUAGGCCUUGUGCCUGCUGGUCCUCACUUGCUUACUUCUUGA